AUGGGUUCACCAAGUGCAUCUCAUAGAAUCUUUGAAUAUGGCUUUCUGAACAAUUACAAUACCAAGCAGCACAAAGUUGAGUUAAAGCCUCUAUUCUCAGCUUUUCAAUGGAGGGCUUUAGCUGUCACAAUCUUCAAGUCAUUUGUAUUGUUCGUUGUACUUCAUCCACCGGAACCUUGUUCAAGCUCGAAAGAUGAUGAUGAUUACUUGCCGCUGGACAAUGAAAAAGAAGAGCAGCAUGUGGCAGAUUAUGUUGUUCCACUCAAAAAAUUAGUAAAGCAAAUUCUUCGUGACACUACUGUUGUAACUACUAGGCAGAUACUAGAACGAAUUUCUGUGCAUUAUGUUUCAAGGAGAAUGGCAUGCAAACUUCUCAAAGAUGUUCCAAAGUCGGCCAUGAGGAAAUCUGGAAGAAGAUUGCCUACUGUGGUUUUCAUUUUCAGUGUUAGUAGAGCAACCUUCAGAGGGGAAGGUCUUGGUCUUGCAGCCACAUGGCUCAUCGAAGUUGGCAUUGAAAUCAACCGAAUUAUUUCUCGCAUGAUAAGGUCUAGAGAAGAGGAUGACGAUGACACUGAUUUGGGAGAACAACUUAAACUUCUGGGGAAGAAGGUUUCAGGUACUAGUAUCCGGUGUGGCGCAUCACUAGCUUUUGGUUCCAUUGGAGCAGGCAUAGGUGCCACCCUACCCUUAUCCGCCCUUCAAUGGGUCAGCAUAUUGCGUGACGAGGUAUCUAUUACUUAUCCGUGA